AUGGAGGCUACUCAUGGGCUGAGCUUUGAUGAUCUUCAAAGAACAUUCCAAACAAGAAUGCAGGAAUAUGAGGACAAGCUGCUGCAGAUUGCUUCAGGGACUUCGCCAAGACAUCCUGAUUUAUCAUCGCUUGCACGUGAGUUCAGUGAUUUUAAGAAGUUUGUCUUGCAAUCAUUGUCUGUCAUAAAAUCGCAGAUAGAUUUGCUCUCUCUUGGUCAGGACAGACAUGAAACCAUGAUGCGAAGAAAGGUACUGAUGCUACAUGGGGUUCCAGAGAAAGAAAAUGAGAAUGUCCAAGAUUCUGUCCUUCACAUACUUUGCGACAACAUGAAAUUGGGUAGUGUUAUAAAAACUGAUUUAGCGGUUUGUCAUAGGCUGGGUUCCCGUCGUGGCAGGAUCCGACCGAUUAUCGUGCGUUUUUAUAAUAUGGAUUCUAGAACUCUUGUGUGGGAUAGCAAAACCACUCUUAAAGGCUCUGGUGUUACGGUAUCCGAAUUUUUAACCAAUGCCCGGCAUAAGGCAUUCAUCACCGCACGUCGCCACUUUGGUGUGAGGAAUUGCUGGACCGUCGAGGGAAAAAUCAUUGUCUUGCUCCCUAACAAGUCUCGUCAUAAGCUGGAGUCCCUCUCCGAAGUGCAAGCCCUUAUUGCUGCCCAUCCGAUUGCUGAAACAAGUUCCGAUGGCAAAGAGACGGGCCCGGCAGUCACUCGCAAGCAAAAAGCUGGCUCCAGUAAGGCCCCUGUGGCCCCUAAAGCGAGCAGAUUGCGUGGACGUGAGUGA